AUGGAAAUCUAUGACAUGAUUUGUGUCCGCAAUGACCCGGAGAGAUUGGAGGAGAUGUUGCUGAGGAGCAGCGAGGCUGAUGGGCGGAAGAUGUCCGCCCCGGCGGCCUCAGAGAACCACCUCGCUGAAGCUUGGAACCCUCCCCUGGGUAGCCGAGCUUCGGACGCUGUGGCCCCGGCGCGAACCACUUGCGGCAGGCGGUGCUGCAUUUUCUUGGUCGCUGCACCUCGCGAUCCUCCUACCAAAGCCAGUCGCGACAACACCAACCCAACGCCGCCUUUGAUAACCCGCCAUGUCGUCAACCCCGCGCGAUUUCCACCUUUCUACCGCCGUUCACCCUAUGAAUCCCGCGUCGAGACCGAGCCCUCGACUCUACUGACCCUGCGUCCUGAUGCCGCCGCCGCCAUGGGGGUAACAAAUUGGGUUACCGAGCGCCAGAUGGAGGUGGACGAGUCGCAGAACCAGCGGGAUAAGCGGGUCGAGGACCUCUGGAGGCAAUUGGACCCCCAGGGGACGGGACAUUUGGACUUUAAGGGGUUGCAGAAGGGGUUGAAGAAGAUUGAUCACCCUAUGAAGAAUGCGGACGAUAUGUUGCGGAGGAUCAUGACCGUCGUCGACACGAACGACGACGGUGUGAUUCAGUAUGAAGAGUUCCGCUACUUUGUCGAGCAGACAGAGAGGCAGCUCAUGCUUCUUUUCCAGUCCAUAGACAAGGACCAUGAUGGGAGACUUGACAAGACUGAACUACAGGAGGCCUUCCGACGAGCUGGGCUGGUUGUGCCGAUGCGCAAGCUCAGCUCCUUUUUUGGCGAUAUCGACAUGAACAACGAUGGCUAUAUAAGCUUCGAAGAAUGGCGAGUAUGUUGUGAGUCCAUGGGUGUUGUUGUCCAGGAGCACUACUCCACGGUGACCGGCCGUGAUGUUCUCGGUGUGGCUCGGUGUAUGGGCGUAUGCCUGAGGUGGGCGAGAGGCUUCCACGACGGAUGCUCUGGUGCUGUUAACCCGGACACGCGCAGAGAUUUUCUUUUGUUUAUGCCAACACACAAUGGCCACGCCCCUCUGAAGGCCGUGUUGGACUUUUAUUCUUCCAUCGUCACCCUCACUGCUGAAGGUGACUCGAUGGUAUCGGAGGAGACACUUGAAGGUUUAGGUACGACCGGCUUCCUUCUGCAAACCCUCUUUGGAUCCAUUUUGAGGAUCGCAUCCCCUUCGGAUCGUGAGCCCGGCACCACCACCGAGUCUUUUGCUUCCGCCGCCACCACCGACGAAGACGGCCGCCCCGUGGUGAUGGUCGUCCCCUCCCAGGAAGGCGCUGCGUCGCCCGUUCCUACCACAGCUGCACAGCUUUCCACCUUGUCAAAACCGCAGCAAAAUCAACAAACCUCACCAGACAGCCUCACUUCUGCCACAGACUCCGCCCAACAGCAACCUUCCCUCACGUCAAAAACAACUUCAGCAACAUCAUCACCAAGAACCACGACAACAACGCAAGCCGUGGUACCCAUCUCUCCUCCAGGCUUUUCAGGUACCAGCGCCAACAUGAACAAUAUGAACAUGGAGGCAGCGGUGCUGCAGGCGUGCAUCGAGGCCGGAAACGAGAAGCGCACAGGCAUCCUCCGAAGACUCCCCGGCGUCGGCACCUCUCAAGCGAACCAGGUCACAGACAGCAGCUCCGAGCAAGGCUCUAGCUCAGAUGCAACUGUAGCACCCAAGACCAAGAGACUGACUGACUUCGCCCCUGAUCCAGGUUACUUUGUCGCAGGUGCCGUCGCUGGAGGACUAUCGCGGACUGCCACCGCUCCUCUCGAUCGUCUCAAGGUCUACCUACUCGUCAACACUCGAGCCAGUACCGAGACUGCGGCCUCUGCUUUGAAGCAGGGUCGUCCCCUGGUUGCUCUGAACAACGCUGUGCGACCUUUUAGUGAUGCCGUCAAGGAUCUCUGGAAGGCAGGCGGCAUGCGCAGUCUUUUUGCAGGCAACGGACUCAAUGUCAUCAAGAUCAUGCCCGAGAGUGCCAUCAAGUUUGGAUCCUAUGAGGCCGCAAAGCGAACCCUUUCUAAGUUUGAGGGACACAACGACCCCAGACAGAUCAGCAGCACCUCAAAAUUCGUGGCGGGAGGUGUAGCUGGCAUGGUUGCCCAGUACGUUAUUUCUUCACAACACUCCUCCAAAUUUGCCUCAUUUGCUUUAGCCGCUGUCAUCUCCAUCAUUUGUUGCAGAGUCGCCGUCUCUCCCCUUGUCUCUCUAUGUCUCUCUUGCCGCCUUGACUCGCUGCUGACGUCCCCUAGGUUCUGUGUAUACCCGCUAGAUACACUUAAGUUCCGGCUCCAGACGUCGACGGUCCAGGGUGGCCUCAGCGGCAAUGCACUUGUUAUCGAUACUGCCAAGAAGAUGUGGCAGGCGGGAGGCAUGCGCAUUGCCUAUCGUGGUGUUACCAUGGGCCUCAUGGGCAUGUUCCCGUACAGUGCCAUUGACAUGGGCACAUUUGAGUUCCUCAAAUCCUCGUACAAGAGAUACAUGGCCAAGUACAAGGGCAUUCACGAGGAGGACGCCAAGCCGGGCAACAUCAUGACUGGUCUCAUAGGAGCGACCAGUGGUGCUUUUGGAGCGUCAGUGGUGUACCCACUCAAUGUCCUCCGCACCCGUCUCCAGACGCAGGGAACAGUCAUGCACCCUGCAACUUAUACCGGCAUCGUGGAUGUCGCACGGCAGACGUUCAAGAAUGAGGGUGUGCGGGGCAUGUACAAGGGACUCACGCCUAACCUGCUCAAGGUUGCUCCCGCUCUGAGCAUCACCUGGGUUGUGUAUGAGAACUCGAAGAGAAUUCUUGGUCUGGAGUGA